AUGGCUCGAACUGCCCUUUCAUCGCGUGCCCUUGCUGCCACUGUGUGGUUGUUAGCUACAUGCGAGAUCGCUCAGGCUUCUGUGCACUUCAUCUCCGGUCAUCCCAAGCUACUCGACACCAGGUUGGACCCCAUUCGUACCGAAGGGAAACCUGCCAGCCAUGUCCAUCGAAUUGCAGGGUCAUCGGCGUUGAUGGAGACUGUCACUUACGAGGAACUCCGAGCGUCCGAAUGCACCACUGCCGAGGUCGAAGACGACAAGUCCCUCUACUGGCAACCGACCCUUUACUACCAGAGCGCAGCCGGGACCUUCCAGCGUCUCGACCCUGAUGGCGGUCUGGUCGUGUACUGGAAGGCCGACAAGGCUGGAGACGACGAGCCCUUGUUCGACAUGCCGAAUGGACUACGAAUUAUCGCCGGGGAUCCCAAGCGUAACACUCCUCACGACAACGCCGUUUUCGAAGACAGGGCGACCGGAUUCAAGUGCUUCUGUCAAGGCGGCCCUCAGUGUCACGACGCUGGAGCGCCAGUAAUCUCGUACAACUUUGAAGAUGUCAAGAAGUACAACUGUGAUAUUAUUAGACUCGAGACCGACUUCCCGAACUGUUGGGAUGGGGUAAACACCGAUUCACCCGAUCACAAGAGUCAUAUGGCGUACUCCGAAGGCCCUUGUCCCGCGUCACACCCCAAACGUAUCCCCACAACCCGAAUCGAAGCCUGGUACGGAGUCGCAAAUAUCCCCUGGACGACCGAGGGCAAGUUGACACUUUCCAACGGAGACCAGACUGGAUAUAGUAUCCAUGGAGACUUUAUCAACGGGUUCGACGGAGGCGAUGUCAAUGCUCCACAUGACGCGCCCUUGACUCGAGCGUUGAUGGAGUGUAACAUGCAGGGAGCCGCCUCCAGCUGUCCCAUCCUCGCUCCCUACGUCAAGCCUAAAACCCAGAAAUGUCUGGCCGCACGCAAGCUGGAAGAGGAUAUCGGAGAAACCGCCCCUCUAACCAAGCUUCCGGGUAACAACCCUGUUUGGUCCGCUCCCAUGGAAAAGCCUUCCGACCCCAACUAUGUCGAGAAGGGGCAAAUCAUCAACAACCCUGGAGGCUCGAUCCCUGUACCAGGUGCCUCGGCACCGGUAGUUCCCCAACCUUCGGCUCAACCACCUCUGGCAGGGACUUCUACCGCCGGCGCUCCCGCCGCUACCGAUGCGGCUCCUGUGAUCCCUACUGCGGCGAUCCCUACCGGGACGGCACAACCUGUUGUAGGCGUUCCGGCCGACGCUCCCCCUGCCUCGUCUUCGAACCCUGCUGCGACCAACCCCGCCCCUGUUGUCCCGACUGCUGCGGUCCCCGUCACCUCUCAGGUUCCUGCUGGUUUGCCUUCUACCACCGUCGCCGCUGCGGUCGGCGUACCGCCUUCCGAGACUGCUCAACCCCCUGCCUCCGAUGUUGCUCCAGCCCCGGCUACCGACAGCGCUGCUCAACCCCAACGUACCUGGUCCAGAGGAGGUGGAGGCAAGUGGGGCGGCGGCGGGCGUUACGGAAACAAGACGACGCCGGUCCUACAGAACGCCGCCGCCAUCCAAACUGCGCCUGUGGGAGGAUGUCAAGCCAGCAAGAAGAGGAGGAGGGAGAUGAAGCGCUUGGCUCGCGCCGACUUGCAAUUGUAA